GCCCGCGGCCGGGGCGGCGCAGACCGGCCCAGCGACUCCCCGGCUGCGAGCCGGGACGCGGGACGCGCGGCCGCCGACGAGUCUGCGCUUCCACCCGCGCCCCGGGGGCUCUCCAAGAGAAGGUCUCCACCAUUGGAUAGGAGAGGAGCCGACCCGACCACCUUGGAGGCACAUCUCAUGCCUCUUCUGCUCUUGGAUAGAACAUCUAUAGCUGCUUCCACAGGGCUGGGCGCCGGGCCUCAAGAAGAGACAAGCAUGGACACCCCCCAGUCCCAGCAUUCGGGAGCAGCACCUUAGGAGAGCCUCGAUCCACCGCCUUCCACGUGGGGGGUGGAAGGAGCUGACAAGUGGGCCCUGAGCCCAGCCCCCUCCCUCCCUGGCCCCGGUGGGCAUGGACCAGCAGUUGUGAGCAGCCAGAGCUGAUGCCCGGCCCCCAGGGGGCCGGAGGAGCCCCCACCAUGAGCCUGGGCAAGCUCUCGCCCGUGGGCUGGGUAUCCAGUUCGCAGGGAAAGAGGCGGCUGACUGCAGACAUGAUCAGCCCCCCUCUGGGGGACUUCCGCCACACCAUGCACGUAGGCCGUGGUGGGGACGUCUUCGGUGACACCUCCUUCCUCAGCAACCAUGGUGGCAGCUCCAGGGGCACCCAUCGCUCACCCCGCAGCUUCCUGGCCAAGAAGCUCCAGCUGGUGCGGAGGGUGGGGGCGUCACCCCGGCGGAUGGCUUCUCCACCCACGCCUUCACCGGCUCCGCCCGCCAUCUCCCCCAUCAUCAAGAACGCCAUCUCCCUGCCCCAGCUCAACCAGGCCGCCUACGACAGCCUCCUGGUGGGCAAGCUCAGCUUCGAUGGCAGCCCUGCUGGCUCCGUGGACGGCCGCUCUGCUUAUGGCCUGGACUCUGGGUUCUGCACCAUCUCCCGCCUGCCCCGCCCGGAAAAGCCUCGCGAUGGAGACCACGACAACUCCUUCCCGCCGGAGCCUGAGCUACGCCGCUCUGACUCUCUCCUGUCCUUCCGCCUGGACCUUGACCUUGGACCCUCUCUCCUCAGCGAGCUGCUAGGGGUCAUGAGCCUCUCAGAAGCCCCAACAAUGGAGACCUCUGCCCCUGCCGCAAACACCCCGGCUCCUGCUGCAAACCCUUCCGCCCCUGCCACAAACUCCCCAGUCCCUGCCACAAGCCCCCCACCUCGUGGACGCUGUCCCAAUGGGGUGACUGCUGGGUUGGGCCCAGUGGCUGAGGUGAGGGCCAACCCUGUGGGUGAGGGUCCCCGAGGAGCCGCUGACCUGGGGGGCGGGCACUGGGGAGCGGGCUGGGGGGGCAGCCGCCACUACGCUGAGGUGGAUGCUCAGCGCGAGCUGGCGAGAGUGCUGCCCCAGGCUCGGGCCUCCUGGGAGACUCUGGAUGAAGAGUGGGCACCCCAGGCAGGCAGCAGGGCCCCCGUGCCCAGCACAGUACAAGGAAACACCUUCGAGUUUGCUGAUGCUGAGGAGGAUGACGAGGUCAAGGUGUGAGUGGCUGGGGCAUGGGCUCGGGAACCCGCCCAGCCUUGGGGCACCUCUCUUGAGGAGCCCAGGUGCAGAGCCGGCCCCUCCUCGCCUAGCAGCGCUGGGUCCUGCCAGACCAGGGAGGGCAGAAGCCGGGUUACCCACAAGCCCCUCCCCGUCUCUGCAGGACAGACGUGGAGGGAGGACAGGGAAGACCGGGCUUGCUCUGCGACCUGGGCCCUCCCGGUGGUCCCUGCCAGGCUGACCACCUCCCCCCACUGCCACUCUGCACCCAGUAGCCAUUCCUUAGGCCCCGCCCCAUGCCACCCCCACUGGCUGGAGGGCCCAGCCUCACAGUGCUGCCUUUGUGCUCCACGAAGCUGUCCUUCUUGGGUGGGGGGUGGGGAGUGUACCACACAGGGCCAUUGUCUCGCCUCCCAGAGGGGCCGCCUGCCCCCAGCAGCCCAUCCUGGAGCUGCCCCCAGAGGGUCCUCGCGGCACCCCUGAGAGCCCUGUCCCAGGCUGCUUCCCCAACAUCCCCACCCCAGCCUCGCACUUGUCCGGGACCCUGAAAGGUCAGGUGUGACCUCACAGAGAGGACCCCACCUUCCUGGGCACCCCAGACCUGCUUUCUGGGACGUGAUUAAAAAAGGCUUUUUUAAUAAAA